GAAAUGUUUUGCUUGAUGAGUGUGGCAAGGACUCAUCUCUCCCUCCAUGCUUCUUCCUGGCAAGUAGUACUUCAAAGCAACGGCUGCCAAGUCUGUCUGAGGUUUGCCUGCCCGUCUGACCUCCAGUCGCGCCUUACCAUGAGACGGAGAGCCUCGUUGAGGACCCUGCUGGCGGCGUGUCUCGCUGUACACGUCGGAUGCUACGUCGUGGAGAGAGGUGACACACGCGUGAACAAUCAUGUCCUAAGGGAGCAAAACCUUGUCCUCGAGGAGAGGGCCGAGAAUAGCGUCCAUUCACUGAUCAAAGUGACAGAGAGCACCAGUACCACCAUCCCUGCUCCGCAAUGCGUCCUGCCCCCGGGAAUGGCUGAGGAGAUACAGGGCUACCAGGAGGUGGUUGAUCGCGUCAUUGACUACGUGACGACCGGCGACUUCAAGGGACAAGUGUACAGUCACCUGGCUAACCUCGUCGACACCUUCGGCCCGCGAAUGACCGGCACGGGCGAGCUGGAGGCGGCCAUAGACUGGAUGGUGGAGCAAUCCAUCGCCGAGAACCUGGACAAUGUACACACCGAGGACGUGCAGGUGCCUCACUGGGUCAGGAACAACGAGUCUGCCUGGAUGACUCUGCCUCGCCUCAAACAACUCCACAUCAUGGGUCUAGGCAGCUCGGUGGGCACCCCGCCCCAGGGCAUCACCGCGGACGUGCUGGUCGUGAAAAGUUUUGACGAACUAAAGAAGCAAGGCCUCAAGGCUGCGGGCAAAAUAGUGGUCUUCAAUCCAACAUGGGAGUCGUACGGGGUCACUGUUCAAUAUAGAUCACAGGGGGCAUCUGAGGCGGCCAAGGUUGGGGCUGUGGCGGCGCUGGUUGUGUCGAUCACGCCCUUCUCCAUCGCAAGCCCCCACACAGGCCAGCAGUACUACAGUGUGGAGAACAAGAUCCCUGUAGCGUCAGUCACCUUGGAGGAUGCCGCCAUGAUGGAGCGCAUGCAGGCCAGAGGCCAGAAUAUCACAGUCAAGCUGAUCAUGGGCGCCAAAAACUAUCCGGAUACGAUCUCAAGGAACACUGUGGCGGAGAUCUUGGGAACACACCAACCCAAGGAGACGGUGCUGGUGUCUGGCCACCUUGACUCUUGGGACGUGACGCAAGGAGCCAUGGACGACGGAGGCGGCAUGAUGAUGUCGUGGGCGGCGCUGGUGGUGAUGAGGAAACUUAACAUCAGGCCACGUCGCACCGUACGGGCUGUGCUUUGGACCGGCGAGGAGCAAGGCCUUCACGGAGGAAUUGAGUACUUCAAAAGACACCAACAUGAUCACGAGCAGUUCCAGCUGAUCAUGGAGUCGGACAGCGGAACCUUCACGCCGCAGGGCAUCAGCUUCAGCGGCACCCCUGAGGCUACGUGUAUCAUGGAGGAGGUACUGAAGCUGUUCCACCGCAUCAAUGCUACGCAGCUGACGAACCCCAUGACAGGUGGUCCCGACAUAGCGGUAUGGGAAAAGCUGGGAGUCCCGACUGGCGGCCUUAAAAACGACAACAGUCGGUACUUCUGGUACCACCACUCCUACGGCGACUCCCUCAUCGUGGAGGACCCGGACGUGCUGGACCGCUGCCUCGCCCUCUGGACCUCCGUUGCCUUUGUCCUCGCCGACAUAAGGGAACGGCUUCCUCACCAGCAAGAUCUGAACCACUUAGAGGCCGGCAGUGGGUAACUGUUCUCCUUCGGCUCCAAGGGAAAUAAGACGCAGUGUGAGUAGUGACCCUUGCUAUGCUGACCGUCAUGACCCCGCCUGCUGCCACCUUCUUUCUGCUCACCAUGUGGUGCAGCGAAGGCUAACCGUUUGGCGAGAGAUAUUCUUAGCUGUUCUAGUAUUAAUAAAGUUAGGCAGAACAACAGUAAAGUCUAUAGUUUGAAUUUGUAGCCUAUUACAAUGAAAAAAAAAAAAAAAGACUUUAGGCAGAAUUGCAGACACAGUUUAGUAUUUUCUAGUUGAUGUCAAAGUCGAUUGUCGGCUCGCCACUAUGUACUAAGCUGAUCGCUUGAAGUGUAAAAAUAAAGAUUGUCGUAGCCUUACUGCGCACUGUGUACCUUGAAAUGGUCGUAAAAUUUUCCUGAAUAAAUGAGGAAAUGUAAACAAAUUCACAUGAAAUUUAUCUAUACUGAACACAUGAAAAGAGACGUAAUAUAAGCAUGUUUCCAAAUACAGUA